CUUUAACAAGUCAAUUCCGCUAAUCUCCGUUCAAUAGUUGCACUCUAGUGAAAUCUCCAUCUCAGACGCCACCUCAAGUUCGAGCUAUAUCGACAAUGCCUACCAACAACAGCGUCAAGGCGGCCUUGUCACUGAUCGAGAACGACAAAUCCAAAAUUUUGGGUUUAAGUGUCGGCAAGCAUGUCAACAUCGAACCCGGAUUACAUAUCCCAAAGGCCGACGCUCAAUCCGAGCCCGAAAUAAGCUUCGCAUCGGCGUCACCCGAGAAAACUUACUUAAUAAUAAACAUCGACCUCGACGCCCCGUUCGCGUCCUUCAGCGUGCUGAGCCCGGCGCUCCACUGGAUACAGUCGGAUCUGAAACCGACGCCAGCCGCCGACGGGAAUGGGUUGACUCUCCUCAAGCCUCCUGCUACCGCGCCCUUUAUAGUAAAUUACAUUGGGCCCGGCCCCCCGCCGCCAUGCGCGCCGCACCGCUACCUCUUCCUCCUGUACGAACAGCCCGAGGGCUUCGACGCCAAGGAAUACGCGCCCGCCCGCGGGAAGCCUGUCGGCAUUUCGCGCCGCAUACGCUUCGAUCUAGACGCGUGGGAGAAGAAGCUUAAGCUCGGGCCGGUGGUAGCGGUCAACUACUUUACCAGCAAUUAAUGAGUUAGGAUUAG